UGAGAAAUGUUAAUACAGCUGCGGUUUGGGUACUACGUGUCUAGGCUAGGCAGCAGUUGAGUUGACUGAUUCAGAAAUUGAGGUCCAAAUCCGAAACGCAAGGAGGAUUCGUUGGAAAUUACAGCACGUCAUACACAGCCGAGAAUGGUCGUAUCGGCGCCAGUAGGAUUGCAUGGCGUUCAAUUCUUCCGUGCUGACAACAAAACUGCGAGGGUGCCUCAUGUGCGGCGUGUGCGCCUCAAUUGCGCCGCAUUCUCCUCGUACCCGAUGUGAGUGCGUGGAGUCGGAGUAUCGCAACUUCCGCUUGCGAUUUCACCGACGUCUACGUAACGCUUACCGAAAAAGAUGUCAACAAAACUCCGACAUUCAUAUGUGCCAAGGUCGCACAGGCCGUACAGUCUCAUUUCUUUUAUUUGAUUGGUGCGGUCGCACCCUCGUAUUGCUGGGCCUUUCCGUCGCUCCUUACGGUAAGCAUUGCUCUCAUGGAACUACAUUAACUGUGCUGUUCGCACUUUUCAAAGGUCGUCGCAACUGAACGCAACCCCGUCGCUUUCAUCUCGAUAUCCAUAUUCCCAUUUUCAAAGACGCGCCGUUUGUUUCCAGCAAGGGUCAGUAUCUGCGACAGUUCUCAAAAUGUCGGGCGAUGUCAGCACAAACUAUACCGA